CCUGGGCAGCCCAAGGAUGCUGCUGUGCAGCCCGGCAGACAUCCCCACAGCACACGUGAGCCCGGUAGGCUCCAGGGUGGUAGGCAGCGUGCGCUCGGCUGUGCAGAGCCGGCCUCGCUGCCUCUUGCAGCUACCACCGGAGCAGCCCAAGACCCCGGCUCUGCAGCCCGGCAGACACCUCCAUAGGCUGUACGGUGGAGAGCCGUACGGGGCGAGGUCAGGCUGCUAAGCCCCUCUAUUCCACUUCAGGGCUUUGCGGUACAGCGGCGCAAUGCAUUCUGUUAGGUCUUUCGUCGGCAGAUGACUCGGGUGCAGAGGACAGCUCCAGGAUGUCAGGUGCAUACCUUUACCCUAAACUGCACGGGCUCCGAGAACCCAAGGCCCCACCCUGACGACUUCGCAUGUUUGGAGCGCGGUUACCAGGAAUGACCUAUGAGCGUGCUUUGUUGUCGGUCCGGUCGCCUGAGGAGACACCAUUUCACAUUGGGAAUUGUGACUUUGAAACCAGGGCUGGAGGCAGAAAAAAGUCGCUAGCAAACAGAAUCCCGCUGAGGGGCGGGGCGUCCAGGAGAACGGUCACGUGGAGGAAGCGGAAGCCCUCACCAUCUCUCACCUUCGCCCAACCUAUCUUUGCACUAGUCUGUUUAGGAGGACUGGAGCUCCGUCUUCCUCCUACUUUUGUCACGCCUGGUCCCGGAUGAUGGCUCCGCCUGGGGAUCCCCGGCGCCUCUGCAGGCUGGUGCAGGAGGGCCGGCUGCGCGCUCUGAAAGAGGAGCUGGAGGUGGCCGGAGGUUGCCAGGGGCCAGCCGGGGACACCCUUCUCCACUGUGCGGCCCGCCACGGGCGCCUGGACAUCCUAGCUUAUCUAGUGGAGGCUUGGAGUAUGGACAUCGAGGCUGCCAACCGAGACUACAAACGGCCUCUGCACGAAGCUGCCUCUAUGGGCCACCGGGACUGCGUGUGCUACCUCUUGGACCGAGGUGCAGCCGUGGACUCCUUGAAGAAGGCCGACUGGACUCCUCUGAUGAUGGCUUGUACAAGGAAGAACCUUGAAGUGAUCCGGGUCCUUGUGGAACACGGUGCCAAUCCGCUCCUGAAGAACAAGGAUGGCUGGAACAGUUUCCACAUUGCCAGUCGAGAAGGCGACCCUGUGGUCCUCCGGUACUUGCUCACUGUCUGCCCGGAUGCUUGGAAAACAGAGAGCAAAAUUAGAAGAACUCCUUUACACACUGCAGCGAUGCAUGGCUGUUUCGAAGCAGUACAAGAGCUUCUUGAUAGGUGUCACUAUGAACCAGACUGUAGAGAUAACUGUGGUGUCACGCCCUUCAUGGAUGCAAUUCAGUGUGGCCAUGUUAACAUAGCCAAGCUGCUCCUUGAAAAACACAAGGCUUGCUCUUCAGCUGAAGAUAGCCUGGGGGCCCAGGCUCUACACCGGGCAGCAGUCACUGGGCAGGAUGAAGCCAUACGAUUCCUGGUGUCCAGUCUUGGCAUUGAUGUAGAUGUGAGAGCAAAGUCAACCCAGCUAACAGCACUUCAUUAUGCAGCCAAGGAAGGACAGACGAGCACAGUUCAAACUCUGUUAUCCCUGGGUGCCGACAUCAACUCUAAAGAUGAAAGAAAUCGCUCAGCCCUGCAUCUGGCCUGUGCAGGUCAGCAUGUGGCUUGCACCAAGUUCCUCCUGCAGUCAGGACUGAAGGAUUCUGAAGACCUAACAGGCACACUGGCCCAGCAACUCACAAAGAGUAUAGAUAUCCUUCAGGACUUUGACCACACCGUGAAAUCAUAAGGAUGUUUGAAGAAGGAGGCAAUAAAGUCCAUGAUAAUUCACAUCCUGCUUUUUCAGUUACUGACAAAUGAGUGAGUUGCUUCUCAGCCAGUGUUUUCGUCUCCUUCUGCUGUCCCUUCUUCAUGUUCCUCUGCUGGAAGACUUGCUAGAUGACCAGGACUCUGGAUUCCUGGCAUGUUGUACGAUCUUGAACACAGCCUUUUCUUUUUUUUUUUUUUUCUUUUUUCUUUUUUAGACUGUACUGGGGAUUGAAAUCAGAGCCUUGCACAUGCCAAGCAAGUACUGUGCCACUGAGCUACAUCACCAUUUUGUUUCUUCUGCCCUUCAGGUGGAGUGAGAUUAAACAUCAUGUCCUGGGUACCCCUAGGUUUGAAAUAUGUAAUGUGAAUGAAUGUAACAUAGCCUUCUUUAAAUAUAUGAAAAUGUAAUAAAACUAAAAAUGUAAAUUGCUGUUUACUCAAGCUGUAAAACAUAAUUGGCCAUUUUAUUCUUUUCCUUCCUAGCUUUUAUGUGGCCAUUUGGUUUCAUUGUUUGGCCAUUUGUGAUGGUAUGCAUGCUUUAUCCACUUAUAACAACAUUUACAGGGAAUUGAUGGACACCUUUUGGUAUUCUCAUUACUGCUAGUUGAGCUAAGGUUGUUUUUGUUUUGUUUUGUUUUAAUGCUUGUGGAUAUUUGGCCUGCAUGUAUGUCUUUUUGCCACAUGCAUGCCAGAUGCCUUUCGCAGCCAAAGAGGCUGUCAGAUCGCUGGGGCUGGAGUUACAGAUAGUUGUGAGCCUCUGUGUGGGUGCUGGGAAUCAAACCUCAGGUCCUCUGGAAGAACAGCCAGUACUCUCUUUGAUAAGGUUUUUGAACCCCAAUAAGCCUCUCCACAGACACAGCAAUCCAAAUCAAACCAAAUCAGACUGAAUUAGAAAAAGCCCUGGUUUAAUGGGUAAAGCGUUCUGGGUGAUUCUCAGCCCCCCAGCGAGGAGACAGGAAUGAGAGACCAGAGAACCACUUGUCUGUUUUCUGGUAUGCAGCUUAUAUACCCUGUGGGAGUGGUCUUGAACCUCUCUGGGGGAGGAGUUGUGUUUGGUGGGCUUUGAAGGGGCGGGUUUGGGGAAAGAGAUAGGGGAGGGGAGUUGAGGUAGAUCUUCCACCAGAACAUUCCAGACUCUUUGGGUGUAUGGAUGCCAGGGUGCCAGGGGUUGAGGUAGAGCUCCCACCCAAACACUCUUAACCACUGAGCUGAGCCAUCUCUCUGGCCCCAGCUAAAAGAUUUUAACCUUCAAGGGUUUUUGUUUGUUUUAAUAGACAAGUUCAGUUAUGAGCAAGAUUUAAUCCUCAUUAGUUUAGUGUAAUCCAGCAGGUACUAUUACACACCUGCCUCACUCCAGUAUUGUGCUUGCCUUAACAAAUAGCAAAGACUUCAAGUUCCUCUUAAUUAUUCUCCUACAAAGUUCACAAAUCCCUGUUCAAACCACCAAAUAAAUGUUCCUGUAGAAACACAA